ACCACAUUCAUCGCAAGAGACCUGCUGCCGCAAAUAUUCUCUCCUGCAUGAAAAUGGGUCCAAAAACAGAGGCAUCACCAAGAAUGAAGACCACAGAACCUACUGCAAGAUGGCCUGAGCAACUGCCGGAACAGGGAAGACACAAUGCCAAGCUCCGUCGCAUUGUUGUUGCGCAACAACCAGAACUGCACUUCAUCACUGCUACUCUGCCACAGGACAUGAAUAAUGUACAGGCACUAAGCCAGAUCAGAUCGCAUGUAUCCAAGGAGUCUCACGCUCGCCGCCGCCGAGCUCUUGCUGAGAAGCUGGCGCUGUAUCACGCGAACCGGACCAGCCUCAAACAACAGCUGUGGGCUCGUGUUAGCGAUGUCAGUAAAGACGCUUGCAGUGUUUGCUUCCCUUGGCCUCUCUCUAAGGAUGAAUUCUUCUUGUUCAAUUUCUUUUUGGAAUGGGUAAUUCCGAACGGUUGGACCGAAUGCAUCACCGCAGAAGCCCAACAAGCCUUCCAAAGAGGCAUGAAGUCAGUUUUUCUUCCUGUUGCCAUGGAAGACAGGAGCCUCUUUACGGCCGUCAUGUAUGUGUCUGCCCGAAGAUACAGCCUUAUUUCGAACAGUCCCGCAGAAGCUGAAAAGUAUCACGAGCGGAUGAUACAUUACCUUCUGCUAUGCCUACAAAAAAUAAAACUCGUCAUAAAUAUGCAAAGUUACCCAACAGAUGCAGCUAUGGCCCUGGUACUCUGCAUGGCUACUGAAGCAUACUGGGAGGGGCAACCGGAAGCAUUCCAAAUUCAUGGACUGGCCUUCACCGAAAUGGCUGAAGCUCGUAGAGCACUUCCAGAGAGGGGGAAAGUUGAUACAUUUUUAUUGGAGAUGGCAUCGAAAUCCAUUUACGAUCCGAGGUUUAAUAUUGUGAUGGGACCUUCUGAUGUGAGCGAAUUGGGCAACAAACAUUAAAGAAUGCGAGUUUCAAUAUUUUAGGGAAAACGCCCUGUCCUUGUAUGGCCUAAAUGACGACUAUUCUUAAGCCUCCAUCUUGAGGAAACAUUCAUGAGUUACUUGUCUCGAGAAAAUGACGAGAGUAGUAUACUUAUCUUGCUUUAAC